UGGGCGGGGGGAGACGGAGCAGCGUUCUAGCUUUCUUCACGUGAGUAUCCCCUCCCCCUGGACGCAUUUGGUAUAAUUCGAGGAAUUUCUUCCGACUCGAGCCAAAUAACAUCUCUGUCUAAAACACGCAACGUGCUUCCUCUUUACGUUGUCUCUUGCAGAUAAGGCUCAGCUGACAAAAAGCUCUCCUCUUCAUCCUUAUCGCGAACGCCAUCGCGCCGGGGCUAAAGCUGAAGCUACUGAGAGGCUUCGAACAACAGCCUGGACGGCCCUGAUAAGAAGCAGCGAGUUCUGUCCUCUCGUCUCGGAUGAUUUAAAGAUAAACUAUCUGCUCUCCGGACAACCGGUAAGUGACUACCCCUGUUCCACACAGCGUACCUCGCUCCGUGAACUGCCGCAGAGGCUGAGGGGCUCUUGUGGAUGGUGCCUGAACCCCCAGGACCGGGUUACGCUGAAACGUGCUUGUUCCCGAGUUUGCCGGCGUUUCUGCCGUGAGACGUUUUCUCGCCGCGCUCUUGCGUUAUUUCAGACGGGAAAGCUCCCGCCUCAGCUCCCGUACAGCCCGUGCACGCUUCCAAUUUUAAAACCUCCUUCAGGCAGCAGCCGCCACCAGCGCUGCUGUUGAACGUAAAUGACCGCAUACUCAAAGGCAGAGCUGGCUCUUCCGAUACAUCAGCCUGUUCCUCGGUGAAGGCAUUCAAGGAAUUAAUUGAGCUUCCACGGGGGAUGGAGCCUUGCCUCUACAAGCUUCCUUUGAAGAGAAUACCAUUUUAAUCGGCUUGAGAGCUGGUGAGACGAGAUGUCCCAGACCUUUCCCAGAGGUUCCUGGGAAACUUCCUGGAGGAAGGUUUCUCUGUGGAAGCAAUUGCCCGAUGGGGAAGUGCCUAUGGGAGUAACUGCAGAGUGUGUAAGCAGGACAGCAAAACCUGAAAGCUGUCGGGAAGAUCACAAGUACCUGAGUCCUAAGUCCUAAAGAAGUGUGGAAAUAGGUCUACCAGUCAUGAGACGAAUCCUUCUGUUUUUUAUCCUGGCGGCUGCUGUUAUGUAUGGUAUACUGCAUGGAAAUCUGUGGAGAAAUAACCUCUACUGGAUUAGCUUUUAUGGACAGACUUCCUCUGUGAGGGCUUCUCCUUCCUAUGAGGCUAGUGGAGUUACCCAGCUACCACCUACGGCUGUGGAGAGGAGGAAUGCGCUGGACACUUGUCUCCUGAAACCGGCAUUUGAAUCUUUACUGAGUGUUGACAAAAUAUACCCGUUCCUGUGCGCUAAUGAUUUUAUCAGAGUGGCGGAGUUCCACGGGAGUGAUAAGUUUGAACUACCUUACGGAAUAAAGAGAGCAGAGCAAUUCUUUCGUUUAGCCCUUUCAAGAGUACAGAACUGUGGACUUUCCAAUGGAGAUGACAGCAUUGCCUGUCGACGGUGUGUUGUGGUUGGUAAUGGAGGAGUACUUCGAAAUAAGACAUUAGGGGAGAAAAUUGACUCUUAUGACGUGAUAAUAAGAAUGAAUAAUGGCCCUGUUAUAGGGUACGAAGAGGAUGUUGGGAGGAGGACGACUUUCCGCCUUUCUUACCCAGAAUCCAUCUUCUCAGAUCCGAUCCACUACGACCCUAAUACAACUGUUGUUCUCAUCGUCUUCAAACCACGUGACUUGAAGUGGCUUUGGGAGAUCCUGGGUGGUCAGAAAAUAAGUGCUAAAGGCUUUUGGAAGAAACCGGCUCUGAACAUGAUAUACAAAUCUAGUCAAAUCAGGAUUCUUGAUCCCAGCAUCACCAGAAAAACGGCUUAUGAAUGGCUUAAUUUCCCAACAAGGUUUCCUAAGAAGGAGAAACCCAAGCAUCCAACAACGGGGCUAAUUGCCAUUACACUGGCAUUUCACAUAUGCCAUGAAGUUCACCUGGCAGGCUUCAAGUACGAUUUCAGUGACAGAAACAGUUCUUUGCACUACUACGGCAAUGACACGAUGUCUCAGAUGAUACAGAAUGAAUACCACAACAUCAACGCUGAGCAGAAGUUUUUGAAGCAGCUUAUAGACAAGAACUUUGUGGUCAAUUUGACGUGAAAGCUGAAUGGAAGAUACAAAGAAAAAUUACUAUUUUCAAGAUCUGAAAAAAAUUUAUUUUUUGUAUGGUAUUUUUAUUUUUUAAGUGCAGCAUAACUGUUUAUUGUUUAAAAAGGAGCACAGAAACCUCACCAAGACAGAAGCUUCUUCUAAGCCUGAGGGUAAUGGACUAUUGCAAACACAGUUAACUGAAUUUCUGUGGAGCUAUUUAAUAACGGUAAACCAUGAAACUUUCAGCUGAAAGUAUCAGGGAUAUAUAAAAAUGUGAUGCACAUCACUUAUUUAUCAGCAAGAACUCUUUCCAAAUGAUUACUUCUCUGGAAUACUUUUGUUUCUCUUGUUGUCCUUCAAAAGAGUUACACUGUCAAGAGACUGAGACCACAGUGUUUAAUUAGUAGAUGGAUGUAAAGUCUUGAAUGUCUGUCUUGUAGUAUAAAAAUGGCUGUAAAACAAUGCCUAUAAAUCAUUACUGUGUGUUUGGGAGAAGGGGGAACAUAGAGAGCGUACAGGUUCUCGUCUGCCCUACCGAGGAGGGGAUGUCCAUCUUCAGCAAAGAAGCCGCAGCUUCUGCACUGACCAUCGACCCUGAACUGCUGCCUGCCUUUGCCGAAGGUGAAGACCCUUUGGUCUGAUUCGUGGAGACGUUGGUAUUGACAAUGCUGGUGUUUUACUCAGUUGAUGGAAAACCAUACUCCCUGUGCUGUGCGUCCAAUAAAUUUUACCGUUGGUGACUUGAUAUAGAAAAGAGGAGUUAUGAAGACUGAAGAGUUGUCCUCACUACCUGUGUGUCAGCUGCUUCCCCCCAGACCACAACAGAAACGUGAGCUGCGACAGAGGUGUUCACACCCAAGUUUAAAUUUAGAGCCAAUGUUUGGAUUCCCAGAUCUCCAGGACAGGAUCACAUGUAUCUUUCGGUUUGUUCACCAAGAAUUGAGGUGUAUAUUUCUGAACCAGAUAAGUCUCCUUUCUCAGAUACUGUAAUGCGAUUCCACCUUUGAACUGUAUCAAUAUGAGCAAUGAAUGUUCCCAUCUUCAGCAGCAGAGUGUGCUAGGGAGUACCCAAGAUGUACCUCAGCUGAAUUAUCAUUUGGCUUCUGUUUACCUCUCCUAGCUUGACGUUUAGGUUUAAAGGAUGUGACUGUAUCAUUUAGUGGUGGCAACUUACUUUUGAUUUUAAUUGAAACAUUUAAUAGGAUGUUUAUGUUUCCUGGAUUGGUUUGUCUGGAACAAUCCUGCUGAAUAAGUUAAAUCUCUCUGGGAAUGGCCUUGACAAAUGCCAAAGAAGAAGUAGUAGUAUGCUGCUGUUCUAAUUCUCUCAGAGUGUGUAUUUUUUAAUUGUGGCAGGUUUAUUUGAAAAUCUUGUGGUUAUCUUAUCAAUCACACCUAAAGAAAGCAUAAAGAAGUCCACUUGAAAAAAAAGUAUAGCUGGCACAAAACCCCUUUGCUGCUUUUUAAUAAAACAAUAUAGGGAGCUUUAGCAUGUUUAGGAGCAGUGCAAACAAUGAAAAUACGAACACAAACCUCUAGUGGGGCAAGAGCACAAUAUUUGUAUUUUUCAGAAGCUGGGGAUUACGGGAGUACUAACACAUUGUCUUUGCAGCAACGUAGAGGAAUAAGCAUUGACGUCAUCUUUCUUUUUUCCUAUUUCUCUUGAAGAGUUCAAUAGGUAUUUAAAAAAAACAACAACAGAAAACCCCCCAAAAAAAUAAUACACAAAACACCACCACCUUCCCCUAGUUUUCAUUGCCCUUUUUGGUCCCCUUAGCUCUGCCUUUUGGAAAUCAGUGAGUGCGGUGUGAUUUGGAGGGGACCCACAGCCAGAGGGGAGGGGGCUUUAUGCUCUCACAUGGUAUUUUCACCUAAUGACUCCUGAGCUUUGGUCCAUUUCAAGCAAAUUGGACCUAUCUGAAAUAACACUGGAUUUCAUAAAAAUCGGGGCUGGGGAAAGAACCAGGUGUGUGCCCAGCAAGGGACAAACUGUGCCAUGGGGCCCAUCUGCCACAGGGGUUGGCCCCUUGGCUAGCCCUGUGCAGGGAGGCAGGUGAGAGCAUGAGGGACACUGGAGCAAGUGACUGGUGGAAAUGGAGGAAACUAGAAUUUCCACCCAAGGUGGCAGAAGGGCUCUUGCCUCUUGCUCAGUUAUUUUUAUUUCCUUUUUUUUUUUUUUUAAAUGCACAUUUCUGAGCCUUUGAGGAAGUCUUUGCUCAAAAGUCUGAAUACAAACAGGUGGGGUUUUGCACCAGCAAACAGUGAUAUUACUGUCCUUAGUUCUACCAGCAUUUAUUUCUUGUCAUUAUUUCAGUUAAUUAAAACGGUUUGAGGUUUGUAUGUGACUCUGCAGCCACAGACCUGCAGUGAUUUAGACUACUGACAGUAGCGAUUCCACGUGGAAAAAAGAGUGCUGGGGUAAGGCUUUUCACAGCAGUCAUGGUGCUGUCUGAGCUCUCUUUGCGCAGAAGUCCUUGGUAGGUUUCAGGCUGUGGAGAGCAGAGCCAGGCAGAAGUGGAGGGCUACCUCUUCCCCCUUGAAACUCACGGUGGCUCCCAGAGCCAGCUCUCCCAUGGGCUUCCACCAGGCAUCCAGCUGCAUCCAUGGAACAUCUCACUGCGUGCUGACCGUGAGGAAUUUUUUCCAAGAGAGCUGUUGCAUUUCCCUCUCCUCUCGAUGCCUGGUUGCUUCUCCACCCCUGCCCCUGUGGGCAGGAGGUGGGUGGGGAGCUGUGCUUCUGAGGAUGUGGUUAUUUUCUCUGCUUUGUUUCCUCUUCCCACUAAUCUAAACUGAUUCCUUGCCUUAAUUUUCUAGGAAACAUUUUUCUUUCUAUUUUUUUAAGGGGGGGAGUUGUUCUGCUCUAGUUAGAAUCCAAACAAAAUAAUUGGAAAAAAGCCUUCAUGGCAAACAAAUGGCAUCCCCCAAACUCUUUUUAGUUAAAGUAGACUCCUUUAUUCCUUUUUUACCACGUCAGCUUUUUUGAUCUCCUUAAGAUUUUUUUUUUUUAAUUUUGAGUAAUGUGUUUGAUAUUCUCAAUGCAUUUAAUAUGCUAUCUACAAGCAUUUAUCCUUACCAGCUGCUCCUUUUUAUUAGUUCUUAAUAAGCCUCCCCAUUUGUAUGACAGACUUGACUUCUCUCUGAAACUAAGCAGUACUCCCAGGGAUAUUUUUCUCCCACUUCCGUGCUCCUGCAGGGAUGUUAAAUCCAUGACUUGCUGAGGCUGCUGUCACAGCAUGGCUGAGUAACGUUUAGAGCCAGACCUGCUCGCUCGGGCCUGAGCCAAGAGUUGAUGCUGUUGAUAAACCACAGGAUACUGGGUUGGGGUUUUUUUCGUUGGUUUGGUUUGGUUUGGUUUUUUGUUUUCUUUGGGGUUUUUUUGUUGGUUUUUUUUUUUUUUUUUAGAAAAGCACAGCCUACAGGCCAGUAGCUUUUCUCUUCAAUAAUAAGCAGUGAGCCAAGUGAUUAAUUCCUCCCGCCGUCCCUCUCCCCUCCCCGCCCCAAGAUGGUUUUUUGGGAUUCUGUGUACACGAGCCCUGCUUCGUCACCCACUUCACACGGUCGUUUCUGCUACUUUGCCUUGAGGACAGGCACCGCUUUUAGACUAACUUAACUUCAUGCAGGCAACAAUAACUAUACGUAGUGCGUUUCUCAGUAACGGCCACAGAUCACAGUGUCUGUUGUAUCGGGGCACGCGUUUUCACAGGCGUUUUGCAAUACCAAAGAUUUGCCUUGGGCCUUUUUGACAAAAGCAAUAAUGCUAACUCCAAAUACCCUAGAUCUUUUCUGAGAAGGAGCUGCUAUUAAGGUUUUCUUUUCCCAUUUUUGUCCUUCCUGAAAGUGAAGGCUCUGCACUGAAACUUCCCUAUAAAAGCUACCCUAUUUUUUUUUUUUAUCACAGCAGACAAGCUGGCAAAUUUUGAAUCCCAGGGUGCUGCCAGUUUUAUUUCCAUGUCUGGUAAUGGUGUAACUAUAUAGGUAAUUAGUGUCUCCCAUGAAUUUUCUUCCUGUACCAAUGGCUGAGUCAGAUGAUCUCAUCCCUUCUUCCUCUGUCCUGUUCUCCAGCAGCCUGCUGCAUUUCGAGAUGGCAGCAUCUUACGGCAUCGGUGCUCCUGCCUUUUAUCUGCCACCCCCCUCAAAAUGCUGCACCAUCAGAAAGACCCAGCUCUAAGGUAACAAAGUACGCAUGGAACAGGCAGGGCUGAAAGCUCUGUUUGUCUCGGUCUUUUAGGGGUUUUGUUUGUUUUCUUUUCUGCUGGGAAAGUUAUUUUUUCCUCUGCUGUAAUAAUUAAGGGAAGUAUGGCGAUACGACUUCAUAAGGAAGGUCACAAACUAUUGCACUAAAUAAGAAUCUGAGAGUGCCUAAAAGAUAUCACUAAAUGACAUUUCCAGUGACUGUAUUAGUGAUAAUAAUACAGAAUCACGACUUUGUUGUUUAAUAAUUAGUGUGUGGUACCUCUUGUUUCACGUGUCAUGCUUUCCUUUUUAACAAUGUCCUGGGAGGUAGUAUAAAUACCUUAACUUUUAAGUGGAGUCUGAUUUUUAAGAACAUACCAAGCUCAACAUCUGUUUUUGAGAUCGGUAAAUACAUAUUUUAUUUACCACUUGUCUUAAGUUUUAUAUGCCUUUAGAGUGCCACCUCUAUGUUGAAGACAUCCUUACAGUUGUUUCAAGUGAAAUUUUGAAUGCUACAAAUGGAAAGAGAUUAUUUUCCUGUGAAUAAAUUGUGUUAAAGA